AUGUCUUCAGUUACAACUGUUGCAACUGACACACCCGUUACAACUGACGCAACCGAUGAAACCGUUACAAUUCAACGUUAUUCAAUGGUACAGGACGGUAUAACUCAAGAAUUUGUAAACCCACCUGCAAAUCGUUUAUCUGCACCUCCCGCAAUGGAAGAGGUGGAUCUAGAGGAUCGUAAACCCGAUCGUUUAGUUUUAAAUAAAUUUAUAUUAUAUGAAACUAAAACAAUUGAUCGAACCACACCUACAGAACUUAAUGUGAUUGAAGAUGAUGUAAUAUAUUCGAAACAAGAAAUCAAUGAUAUUUUAACAAUUCUUGAGGAAGGAAAUCGAUUAUCCGGAGGAUUAAAAACUAUCAUAACUGCUUUUGGUAUUGUAGGAUUUAUUCGAUUUACGGAAGGAUAUUAUAUCUCUUUGAUUACCAAAAGAAGUGCGGUUGCUUUAAUUGGUGGUCACUAUAUAUAUCAUAUUGAUGAAACUAUCUUACGACCAAUUGGACCUCAAACUAAACCAGAAAAGAAUUCAGAUGAAAACAAUUAUACAUAUGACAUUACUCAUACGCUUCAACAUAAUAUGACACGACCUCCCAAUCGCAGAAAUUUUUCAUAUAAUGAAAUGUUCGUUUGGAAUCAUUAUUUACUGGAAAAUGGAUUUCGAAGUUUAAAAAACAAUUCAGAUUGGAUUUUACCUAUAAUACAUGGGUUUGUAGAUCAAUCGAGUAAGAAUAUCUUUGUAACAUUAAUUGCUCGAAGAUCUCGUUAUUUUGCUGGUGCGCGUUUUUUAAAGCGAGGAGUUAAUGAUCAAGGUUAUGUAGCAAACGAUGUGGAAACAGAACAAAUAGUAUCAGAAAUGAGUGUAACAUCAUUUCAUCGAUUUGGACUUUAUGAUAAUCCACAUUAUACAUCAUACGUACAACAUCGUGGUUCUAUUCCUCUUUUUUGGUCUCAAGAUGUUACUAAUAUGGCACCAAAGCCACCCAUAUCAAUCGACUUUCUGGAUCCAUUUUAUGCGGCGGCUGCAUUACAUUACGAUAAUAUGUUUAAACGUUAUGGAGCACCUAUAAUUGUAUUAAAUCUUAUCAAGACAAAAGAAAAAAAUAAACGAGAAUCUAUUUUAGGUGACGAAUUCACAGAAACCAAUAAUUAUUUAAACCAAUUUUUACCAAAAGAUAGAUUUGCUGAAGAGUAUUUAGCAGAUACAGGAUUCUUUCAUAGUGGACCCGAAGCUUUUAUUAAUGUGUUAAAAAGAGAAGAAACUCUAGGUAAACCUCAAACUCGACGUAUGUCACUUCGGCAAAACGGAGUAGUUCGGACAAAUUGCAUUGAUUGUUUGGAUCGUACAAAUGCAGCUCAAUUAAUUAUAGGAAAAUGUGCAUUGGGAAUUAUAGAUAAACCAUGGGUGCCGGUUGAUUCAGAUGUCGUCAAUAUGUUAACAGACAUGUAUCAUGAUCACGGGGAUACAAUAGCAUUCCAAUAUGGUGGAUCAAAUUUAGUUAAUACAAUUGAUUCAUAUCGUAAAAUUAAUCAAUGGACAAGUCAUUCACGUGAUUUAAUAGAGAAUAUAAGGAGAUUUUAUAAUAAUGCAUUUGCGGAUGCUGAAAAACAAGGUGCAAUCAAUCUUUUUCUUGGUAAUUUUGUACCUCAAAAAGAUCGCCCACAUUUAUGGGAAUUAACGAAUGAUUAUUAUUUGCAUAAUGAUGAUCCCCGUUUUAGAAGACCACGAAGGAGUUAUAUUCAUUGGUGGACGAAAGAAGCAUUAUUACCAAAAGAGGAUCAAGAACAAGAUAUUGCAAGAUAUCGACUUGUCCCUCGUUUAGCUCGUCAAUUCGAUGAUGAUGAAUGUGAUCCAUUUUCUGGAUAUUGGAUAGAAUAUUAUCGUCCACCACUUUUCACGUCUUUUGAAAAAUUGUUUGCGUUUAAUAUGAAUAGUACUACUAAAUAUAUUCCUGCAAGUCCAUUUACUGUUAGAGUAACACAUCCACAAGCUACCAGGUAA